CGUCACUGAAGAAGACCCGGUGGAAAUUCGUCAUGGCGGAGCUGUCAGCAGCCGAAGCUAACAGCGACUUGAAAACGAUGGAAAAUGCAACGGAAGGAGCCCUGGCGUAUCUCCGGGAGUCCGCAGAAGGAGAAAUGGCUCAGCUAAACCUGGGAGACUUGGACUUGACGACAGAUGAGUUCAUCCUAGAUGAGGUGGAUGUUCACAUUCAGGCCAAUCUUGAGGACGACCUGGUGAAGGAGGCAUUAAAAGCGGGCGUUGACCUGCGUCAGUACUCGAAGCAGGUAGAGGCUGAGUUGCAGAGGAUUGAACAGGCAUCCAUCAAAGACUACAUUCUAGAGAGUCAAAACAUUGCGCUGCUGCACCACCAGAUCACUGCCUGUGACUCCAUCCUUGAGAGAAUGGAGGGGAUGCUGAGUGGCUUCCAGAGCGACUUGUCUUCCAUAAGCAGUGAGAUCCAGACUCUGCAGCGACAAUCUGUCAGCAUGAGCGUGCGACUGAAGAACCGGCAGGCAGUUCGCAGUAGUUUGGGUCAGCUAGUGGAUGAACUGGUGGUUCCAGGUCACAUGAUCGCAACCAUACUGGACAGUCCAGUGACAGACCAGGACUUUUUGGAUCAGCUACAUGAACUUGAUAACAAGAUAAAUUUCACCAAGGAGCUCAACUUCCGUGAGACGCUAGCGUGUUCUGACAUACAAGAUGUUGUGGACCGCCUUAAGCUGAAGGCGGUGUCAAAGAUCCGUGAAUUCAUCCUCCAGAAGAUCUAUUCAUUCCGAAAGCCGAUGACCAACUACCAGAUUCCCCAGAAUUCCCUGCUCAAGCAUCGCUUUUUCUACCAGUUCCUAUUGGCCAAUGAGAGGACGGUUGCCAGGGAGAUUCGUGAUGAGUACGUUGACACCAUGAGCAAGAUUUACUACAGCUACUUCAAGUCAUACAGUGGGCGAUUACUCAAAGUGCAGUAUGAAGAAGUGGCCGACAAAGAUGAUCUGAUGGGAGUCGAAGACACUGCCAAAAAAGGGUUCUUCACUAAACCAUCCCUGAAGAGCCGGAAUACCAUCUUCACACUUGGCCAGAGGGGGGCCAUACUGAGCCCUGCAGAACUGGAGGGGCCCAUUCUGGUGCCCCACACGGCUCAGAGGGGGGACCACCGGUUUCCAUACGAGACUUUAUUCAGAAGCCAGCACUUUGCUCUGCUGGACAACAGCUGUAGGGAAUUCCUCUUCCUGUCCGACUUCUUCAUGGUCACAGGAAACGCCGCGCUGGACCUCUUCAACUGCAUCAUGGGGAGAACUCUCGGCAUGUUUCUGAAAAGCAUGAGCUCGUACGUGUCCGACUGCUAUGACAGCAUUGCCAUCUUCUUGUGCAUCCAUAUUGUUCUGCGCUUCAAGUCCAUCACUGCACAGAGAAACGUCCCAGCCUUGGACAAGUAUUGGGAAACCGUCCUGGAGUUGCUGUGGCCGAGGUUUGAGCUGAUUCUGGAGAUGAACAUCAACAGCAUCAGAAACACGGACCCACAGAAGCUGGGGGUUUUGGACACCAGACCCCACUAUAUCACUCGUCGUUACGCUGAAUUCUCAUCAGCCAUCGUCAGCAUAAACCAGACGUUCCCUAAUGAGAGGACGAACGUCCUGCUGGGACAGCUGCAGGUCGAGGUGGAGAACUUUGUCCUGAAGAUGGCUGCAGAGUUUCCAUCCAGACGAGACCAACUGAUCUUUUUGAUCAACAACUACGACAUGAUGCUCAGUGUUCUCAUGGAGAGGGCCACAGAUGACAGCAAGGAGGUGGAGAGUUUCCAGCAGCUUCUUCUGGCACGCACACAGGAAUUCAUCGAGGAAAUUCUCUCUCCGCCGUUCGGGGGCAUGAUCGCCUUUGUGAAGGAGGCCGAGGCGCUGAUGGAGAAAGGCCACCUGGAGCGGCUGAAGAACGAUGAAGCUCGGAUCACGCAGCUCGUCCGUGGCUUCUCCACCACCUGGAAGUCUUCGGUGGAGCUGAUGAGCCAGGACGUCAUGCGCUCCUUCACCAACUUCAAGAACGGCACCAGCAUCAUUCAGGGCGCCCUCACCCAACUCAUCCAGUACUACCACAGCUUCCACAAAGUACUGAACCAGCCACAAUUCCGGAGCCUCGCUGUCCGAUCCGAACUCAUCAACCUACACCAUCUGAUGGUGGAAGUGAAGAAGCACAAGCCGAACUUCUGAGCCAGGGGUGCAGCACCUCAAAGACAGACCCGUCCACAGGGGGGCGGGGCCCUCACUAUGUGAUGAAUGAAGGGGGUAUUAGGUGUGCUCCCCGGGACAGUUGAAGAUUAUUUAUAUUUCGUGAUGCAUUCUUAUACAAGGCCAGAACAAGCUGCACAGCGUCUUCUCCAACGUCAGCAAUGUACCAAGAAUAAAUAUCACUAUCUGAUUCAUCCAUCGAGUGUACACGCCUCAUAAUGGACUGCAUACUGUACUGACUUGCUUUAUAGGUCACACCUUUGUUGCACCAUUUGUAAAUGAACUGGAAAAUAAACAUGUAG